AUGCCAAAACACGCGCUGACGUUCAAGCACCUCCUCGGAACAGUAUCUACUCAGCGUGGCCAGACGGACAGCCUAAGCGUAAACGACCUGCUGGAGCGCUCGCGCGCCUCGUCCGCCUCUCGUCCUUCCAAGGAACCGCCACCGCAUCUCGUCUGGACGCCCGGUAAUUCGGGACCCGACAGCACCGGGGUGCACCCAGCGGAACUACUCCGCCGAGAACAGCAGGCACACGCGUACGCUGCGCGUCGGGUCGCUGGGCCUGCUCCACCGCGAUCCUGGCGACAAAGAGACACUAAGGCUCCUGAUAGACCCGUUGUUGCUCCCGAACAGGAGGCGAACGAGCUUGAGCUCGCUGCUGCCGAGACUUUUCUCGGACAUCCUCCACGGAUUGAGAGCGGGCCGCCAAGACUCGUGGAUAUCUGUUCACGCCUUACGCUGCAGCUCCUGCGAGACGACACGGUUGUAUGGGACGAAGAUGGCGAACGGGUGACGAUGGCCGAAGCCGUACGCGCCGGAGUCGCCGAACUGGACUUACAUCUCCGCGGCGCACUGCUCUCCGCUUCAGCCCUACUACCUCCAGCUAGUCCGCUGCGACUGGCAGACGGCGAUAUCCGCGUGCUCCUAGACGAGGCGUUCUCUCGAGAAGAAGAGGAAGACGAGUGGGAUACGGAGGCUACCCGGCCGACACUGCAUCAUUUGCCACUCAUGGCCCAUCCGGCGCCGAUGCGACUGCUCCGUGACAUACCCCGCUUUACUGGGCUCACGCUGACGUCGCUCGACCUUGGGUUUUGUGCUUUGCCGCCGCUCGAGAGACUGGUCGCUGCGCUCCCUUCCGGACUUAGGGCGCUUGGAAUCGCUGGCGUGCGUGCGGCACCGAAGACCAGUCCAGAAUGGGAGCGGGGAUUGGGGGCGCUGGCGCGUAAGAUGAUCGUCUUGAAGACGCUCGACGUGUCGUAUUUUCCCCUCGGUACUCGGGCGACUGUUGCGGCACUCUUCCCGGUGCGCACUAGUGGUCCGCAGGUCCUCCCGUCCUUACGUGCUCUGCGGCUGCUCGGCAACGAUCUCGAUGGCAACGAGGACGACGUACCGGCUAGGCGUAAAGCGCUGCGUGCCACUGUGAUCGACGGUGCGGGGCACUGGGUGGACGUGAGGUUUGAGUGA